AUGGGGACUCCCAAAAAUUCCAGAAUCCACGCCCCUUCAUGGAGCAGAGCGGAGCUUGCCUCAUCUCCAUGCACUGUACGAGUGGAGGAGGCCGUUUCAUCAACCGAACUCAGAGCUGCUGCGUCCCUUCGGUCGUUUUGCUUCUUCACUUGUCCCCCUGACCGUUCAUCAGAAUUCGUUGAGCGACAUUUGUUUAUGAAGGCCAUGGAGGAGGCGCAAUGCUUGGAAGAUAAGGUUGCUGGACUCCUUCCUGGCUUCAACCGGGUCUCAUGUUUAGUAGCCACUGUACCUGAACCCAGCGGCGCAAUCUUGCAACCUGGUCAAGAGCCUCGUGCAUCUCUGCAAGUCGCUCACGGAUGGGUUGUUGGAACUUUGGACCUGAAUUUAGGGCUUCGCUUGCCUGGUGAAAAUCUUGGCGGAAAGUACCCUGAUAAGGGGUUGCACAUAGAGUCAAGACGAGCCUAUCUAUCUAAUGUUUGCGUGGCGCCAGCUGCCAGAAGACUUGGAGUUGCCUACAGAUUGAUGCAGUCUGCACGAGAUCUUGCACGAAGUUGGGGUGUGGAGCAUCUGUAUGUUCAUGUCGUCAAGAAUAACGACCCUGCACGACUGUUAGCAUCCCUCGCUCUGGCAGGUGGUGCAAUCACGCGCGGGGAGCGAGGAGAGGAGGGCGAACCGUGGAUGAGUGAAGGCCCGAGGAUUCCCGAGGAGUGGGGUACAGAGGAGGCGGUGGGCGGAGGAGGAGAGGCGUCUUUGAUCCCUUCUCCUUCACCUCGUCAGUCUCUGCACACUUCUCCUUCUCCUUCUCCUUCUCCUUCUCCUUCUCCUUCUCCUUCUCCUUCUCCUUCUCCUUCUCCUUCUCCUUCUCCUUCUCCUUCUCCUUCUCCUUCUCCUUCUCCUUCUCCUUCUCCUUCUCCUUCUCCUUCUCCUUCUCCUUCUCCUUCUCCUUCUCCUUCUCCUUCUCCUUCUCCUUCUCCUUCUCCUUGA